UCGUUAGGAGUCGUACGUAAAAAUGAAUUCUACCUCUUGUCCGUUGAUUUUCAAACUUCUCUGGAAGCCGAACUCCGGGAAUUCCAUUGAAUUAUUGAAACAAAAAAGAAUCUGUUGUAAGAUAACAAAAAGUGAUCAAAACAUCGAAACCCGUAAGAUCCACUGAAGUCGAAAAUGGAGGACUCAGGGAUAAAAAAUCCCCCCAAAGUCCUGAUCCUUCCAAAACGUAAGGUCAUUGUCCUGACAGAGCCUCCAGCUGCGGUCUUAACCCCUAAAAAUUCUGGAGAAUCCCCGGAGAAGUCGAAACUAAUCGAUCUGGGGGAUAAAGCCGCAAAAAUGGCGCUUCACCGUCGGUUCAACGUCGACGUCGACGGGGGGACAGAGCACUCUUGCGGAGAUGUUCAUUACUGCGUCAGGAUGACUGAAACUUCCGGAAAGAAUUUUUUUGUACCCAAAUUACCCCAGGCAACUGUACUGGCCAAGCAGGAUAAUAAAACUCUGCAGAAAUCCAUGGAGAAUUCCAUCCACUCCUUGAGGAAGAGACUCACGCAACAAAUUAAUGGACAGGGGCCCAAACGUAUCAUUCAGCCUGAGAGGAACAAAAAUUCCCAAGUCCGAAGGAAUCCUUCCCGCCUAUCCAAAAAGAAAAUCGACGAGGAGUACCCACGUCCCAGGCUCUUGGCUCUAAAACGUCGAGGGUGCGAUGGAAAUUCCCCGGAGAAGAGAUUGAAAUUGUCGGACGUGCCUUACAUGAACACCAGGUCGGUGACCAAAAGACUUUACAACGUCGGAGCAACUCUCCAGGUGCCAAAUAUCCAAGAGGAUUUCGAAUGGAAGGAGUGGCCAACCCACGGAAUGCACGAGAGACCUAUUUAUCAUCCUCAGGUCGGUCCAGCAACAGAGAUCAUCGGCCGCUGCUUCACGAGUUUUGACGGCAAAUCGUACCAAGAGAUCCCAAAUAAUCCAGACCUUGAAAUCCCUCCACCUCCCAGUGGCAAACGAAAAAUCCCAGAUCUCCUUAAAAUCGACGGAAAACUCGACAUCUCCUUUGAGGACUGCAUGCACCUGACAUUCCACUCAGUCCUGUCCUACGCAGCGGGAAUAAUGACCCCGGAGUACCAGAAAAUCGAAGAAAAAAUCGCGAGCUCCAAGCCCCCUACGAUCUCGAUAAAAUCCGAGAGUAAAAAGCCCUCGCCCGAGGAGAAAACUCCAGAGAUCCCUCAGGCUUCCUCUGCACCAGAGGUAAAACCGAAACCACCAAAGCCCCAGUUGAAUCUCAUGUGCAUAAAAAAUCAUGCGAAACUCCAGGAAGUUCUGGGACGAGGGAAGAAAAAUACUCUGAUCCUCCUGAAAACUUCAGAUCCCAAUCUAAAAAAGGAUUCCAGUGUUUUCCCUCCCCAAUCAGAGACGUCCCAGAGGAUCCAAAUACCAAAAUCUCCAGAGAAUAAAGCACAGAUGAGUGUGAAAAUUGAGGAGAAAAAAAUUGACUGGGAAAAAGAGACGAAGGAAAAAGAGAAGAGUCUCAAGGAAUUAAUAGCAGAUACUGCUGUUUUGUAUUGCACAUCGAUGGGGGUACAUCAAGACGAUCUUAUCAAUUACGUCGAUAGUUUAAAUUUCAAAGAGUGCCGAAAUUCAAUGGGUACAGAGUACUAAUUACACUCAAUAAAAAUGGCAAAGCAUUCCAUAAUUGAGGAAUAACAGAAUUAAAAUAGACGUACAAAUAAUUCAAGAGUUUAAAGGAGCAGUUCAAAAGUUCUCCUCAAUUACUCAAAAAAAAAUCUCACCAGUUCUCAUCAGUUCAUAAAUUUGUUUGAUUGUUCAAUUCGUGAUGGGUAAAUAAAUAAUGAUUCAAAAACAAUAUUCAAAUUUCAGCUU